AUGAAAUUGUUUACAGAAAUGAAAAGAUAUCGUCGACCCAAUAGAUACGAUCAUCUCCUCUGCAAACAAAAGAAUUAUGGGAUUGGAGUGAGAAGUUCAGCCGUUUUGAACUAUAGCGGAGAACUUUGCAAAACAUAUUGUCGUGUAGUCAACAGAAUCGACAGAACGGCUACUUUUACUGAACACAUUGCACUCAAUAAUGUGAGGUGUGGGCCAUUGGGGGCUCGGUGCAUUGAUGGCAUUUGUCAGACCUCUGGUUCUGUGCCAUCGGAUGGCGUAUCAAAUGACCGAAGAGUUGGGAGACCUUUGAAUGCAAUUGAAGGCCAAAGAAAAGUAAUUCCCGGCCGAAGAGGUUCUAAUAACCGGCAAAAGACAUCCACGUUCUCGCCCUAUGAUGUGACCGAUUUGGGUGAAACUGAGUCCUCAACCUCUGAUGUGAUUGUCAAUGAAAAUGGAGAUAAUAUUAGAGCAAAGAUUAUAUACCCCGAGGAUUGA